AGAGAGAGAGAGAGAGAGAAAUGGCGCAGCCGCCGCCAUGGAAGGCGAUGUACCUGCCUGUGACGAGCGACGCGAUCCGAUCCGCCGCCGCCUUCAAGCGAAGCGUCGCCGCCGCGCGUCGCGAUCUGGCGUCCCCGCUGGUGCUGGACACCCGCGACGCCGAGGGGCGGUACACCUUGCUGGAGUCCGCGCUGACCCACAUCGACCACGCAUCCGGCUCCCUCUCCGCUUUCAUCAUCAACACGGUGGUGGCCGAGCGCCUGACGCUCCACGGCUGCGGCGCCGUCCCAUCGGAGCCGGUGGCCCGCAUCGGCGACCUCCGCGACGGCCACGGGCGCCACGACGAGUGGCUUGCUCUCGUCAGGCUCCAGGCCGCCAGGGAGCACGCCGAGGACGCGCUCCGCCGAGUGGAGGGGGCCUACACCCUCCUGGGCUCCGUCCGGUUCAUGCUUCACAGCCAGAACCCCGACGCUCCAGGGCGCCGGCAAGCCAUGGAAGGGCAGCUCCACGCCCUCGAUCUCCAGCCCGUCGUGGUCGGCGUGGCGAGCAUGUCCGCGCUGGCCUCCUUGGCCACCGAGCCCCCCAUCCGCUACCGCAUCCAGUGAGAGGUUGAUCUCUUGCCUUGAUCAGCUCUGCAGGACUCCGCUUGCUUGCUUGAUACAGAUCGUUCGCGUCGGCUUCUGCCUAGGGCUACUUUGUCUCCUUGAUCUUUUGAUUGUGAAACCAUGGAUGAUCUAUCCGUCCGUCGGAUUCGAACUACUCCUACGUUUUGCGGUUCUGUUGUUACUUGCAAGGAUCGUUUCGAUCGAUCAGGGAAUUCGAACUA